AUGGCUAAAGUUCCGUGCGUACUGGCGAUGAUGUUGUCUGUUGCCGCCUUGGCCUGCCUGGCCGGUAUUGUACAGGGUCAUACCUACAAAACCGGUGACUGUCCAACUGUUGAACCGAUGAACGGUUUCAGCAUGAAGCAGUUCCUCGGUAUCUGGUACGUUAUACAGAAAACCGGCACCGCAGCAACCUGCGUAAUCUACAACAUCACCAAAAAUGCGGACACUCCGGACGAGUACUUCAUUGAGCAGGUCUCCCAAAAGGCUGCACUCUCGAUCGCACCCAUCAAGCACGAGUAUUCGUACACUGGCAAGCUUACCGUUACCGACCGGGACGUUCCGGCCCGGAUGACCGUUCGGUUUCCGCUCAGCGUGGCCGGUUCCGCAAAGUUUGUCGUGUUCAUGACCGACUACGACACGUACGCUGGGGUGUUUUCGUGUCAGAAGAUUCCAUUUGGACACCGGCAGAGUGCGACUCUGCUGUCCCGCACGCGCGAUUUGGAUAAAAUCUUCGUGGACAAGAUCCGCACCCGGUUGAGCUCGUAUUCGGUGGAUCCGUUCGAUCUGAGCAUCGUCAAUCAGACCGGCUGUCCGAAGGAGGGUGAAGCCGGCUGGAACAUCCACAUCGAUCCAGACACCUUCUCCACGCGCAACAUUGCCAACGCGUUCCGGAAGGCGGGUGAAGCGAUCGGUGACGGGUUCGAGGCUGCAGUGAACGCCGGCAAAAAGAUCUUCGAUAGGUCCCGAGCUGAAGAAAGCGAUGAGGAAGAAGCCGUUGUGGAAAAAACAACCUACCGUUCCGAACGACUGAUCAAUGCCGCCGAAUGGUUGCCCUAA